UUAAAGUAAAAGUUACAAAAAUGUCAGAUUUGAGAGAUUGGUUUUAUUCUUUACCAAUUUUUACAAGAUAUUGGCUAUUAUGUACAGUAGUUUGUUCAUUACUCGGAAGAUUUGACAUAAUAAACCCAAGAUUAUUAAUACUUAAAAAUGAUCGUUUCAUAAACAAUUUCGAAAUUUGGAGAGCAGCAACCAGUGUUUUUUAUUAUCCUAUCUUCCCAAGUGCUUUUCAUUUCUUGAUUAAUUGUUAUUUCUUAUAUAAUUAUUCGCUGAGGUUAGAACGUGGAGAAUAUGAUGGACGACCAGCAGAUUAUUGUUUCCUACUCUUAUUUAACUGGAUAUGCUGCGUUAUCAUAGGUCUUAUUGGAGAAUUCCAUUAUCUUAUGGAUCCUAUGGUACUUAGCAUAUUAUAUGUUUGGUGUCAAUUGAAUAAAGAUGCUCUUGUUAAUUUCUUGUUUGGUUCACAAUUUAAAGCAAUAUAUUUACCAUGGGUAUUGUUUGCAUUUAAUCUCAUUGUAUCUGGUGGCGGUACAAUGGAACUUUUUGGCAUCCUAGUAGGACAUCUUUAUGUGUUUUUUAAAUUUAAAUAUCCUCAAGAACUUGGUGGGCCUGAGUUACUGAAUACUCCAAAAAUUCUUGAAACUUAUUUCCCGUCUCAAAGAGGUAAUAUUAGAAGGUUUGGAGCUGCACCUGUACAAAGGACACAGGCACAACAAACUAGAAAUAUAUUUGGUGGUCAUAAUUGGGGACGAGGACAUGUUUUAGGAGAAUAA